UUGUUAUAAAUCUGAAACUAAAUCACUUUAGAACCUCUUCUUACUCUUCUAUUAAACCCUCCUUUCCCUCACAGAACAAAGGAAGUUGAGGUUUUGUUAUACAUCAUGUUCAGGUUGUCUCUCACUCAGUCGACACUUGAAGACACAGGAAGAUGGCUGGUGCUGUUUUCGCACAGCUGAUCAUUGUUCUGUCCGUCCUCCCCACAAUCGAAGAACGUUGGCCUUCAGGAAUCAUGAGUCAGAUGCAGGAAUCAGGAAAUACAGGAUCCAGUGAUGUGAUCAGAGUGGUUGGUGGUUCUGUUCAGCUGGAGAUAAAUGGAUCUGUAUCAGAGUUUGAUGAGUUUACCUGGAUGUUUAGUGGAACUGUUAAUAUUCUAAAGUAUUAUAAAAAAUAUAAAGAUGUUACACACUCCCCCCGUUAUAAAGACAGAGUGGAGUUUAAUGAGGAAACCUGCAGUCUGACCCUGAAGAAUCUACAGAAGACUGAUAGUGGACUGUAUAAAGUAAAAGCAUCCAAUGAACUGCAGACAACUACAUUAUGCACGUACAGACUCUCUGUUUUAGAUCCAGUGGAGCCUCCAGUUCUGACUCUCUAUAACAGCACUGACCCCUGUAACAUCACAGUCACCUGCAGAGGUCACGACCUCUCAAUCACCUCCACCUGUUAUAAUGAGACCUGUGAGGAGAAGGAAGUGACAUCACCUGGAGGCGUCGCCAUUUCCCUGUCAGUGCGGGACGGCGCCAUCAUCUGUAACCAUAGCAACCUAGUCAGCUGGAAGCAGGAGAAAAUAACAUUUACACACCUCUGUCCUGAUACAGAACCUCCGGAAGUUCACUCAGGAUCACACUGGACAGGGAUCCUGAUUGCAGUUAUCCUGGUUCUCCUGGGUGUCCUGGUUGUUGGAUAUCGUUGGAUUAAACAGAGAAGAUCAGCAGAUGCAGAACAGAUGGAGGACGCCCUCUACGCAGAAGUGGAGAGAAAUGAUCAGCCAUCAUCACCUGAAGCGGAGACGUAUUCUACUGUGUACAGCACUGUUAAACCCCCAGCAUCCAGCGUGUAAUGGAGCAUCAGGACACUGAACACUGAAAUCAAGGAACCAGAUCCAGCCUCUGUUCCAGUGGAACCUUCAAAACCAGAAUCCACUUAUUCCGAGAUUACAAAACCCAGUAAAGCUGCGAUUGAAGACCGGAUGGAUGAACCUACAUCAUCUGUGAGAUUUAAUAUGUAGGCUGUUAAUGUUGAUGAAUAAUGGUCUGUAAACAUAUGACCUUGCUCCCUCAAGUGUUCCAAAUAAUUAUGGACGUGUUAUUUUUGCAAAUGACAGUCAAAUUCCGUUUUACUGAACAAACGUCCCAAUGAUAUUUUUUUAUGAAAAUUCUAAAUGCACUGAUCCACGUUAUUAUGCAACAGAGUUUAAAUUAUUUUUAAAAUUUGCAGCAAUUGGAGGUCACAUUUACUGAAAUCAAAAGCUAUUUCAAUCUAAAACAUCCUCACAGGCCAAGUUACAUGUUAACACAGGAACCAUUCUUUGAUAUCACCUUCAUAAUUCCUGCAUUCAUUGAACUUGUGAGUUUUUAAAGAGUUUCUGCUUGAAUUUUUUUGCAUGAUGUCAAAAUAGCAGAAUCCCAGAGCUGCUGUUUAGAUGUGAACUGCCUCCAGCCUCACAGAUCUGCAGCU